UGGGAGUUGCAGAAGGGAGUGGACUUAUCACCGCGACGAGACUGCCCAAGACAGACUUUGCUAGGAAUCUAAGAUCUCGGACGCCACCCGCUAUGGACCCCAGAGUGCCCCUGCUGACCACCCUUCUGCUGCUGGCGGCGUGCACGACUCUAUCACACGCCAAACCCAUCAGCCUGUGGGAGCGCUGUUGGUGCCGCUCAUCCGUCAGCAAUGUGCCCAUGCGGAGCAUCCGCGAGCUCAGGUUCCUGCAGACCCCGAACUGCCCCUUCCAAGUCAUCGCCAAGCUGAAGUCCAACAAGGAGGUGUGCAUCAGCACGGAGACUAAAUGGCUGCAGCAGUACCUGAAGAAUGCCCUUAACAAGUAAGGCGAAACCCUUUCGACAAAGUUAAAAACGCCAAGAAGGAGCAACAAGCCAAUUAGCAGGCAGACAGAAGUAAAGAUGGCCUCACUCUCCCCCCUCCCACAGCAGACCACACAGACUCCUAACGCUCAUGGUCCCGGUCCUGAUCCAGCACUUACCUGCCAGCACUGGGCCGCCGCUGCCAACUUCCCCGCGGCCCAACAGCGCCACGCGGCGAGACACGCGUCUGACCGGGUGCGUCUCCAAGGCCCUGAACAUGAACUCCUGUUUCAAAAAAGAUGGAUGCCACCCCUCCCCCCCCCUCCCCCCCCCCCACUUCCUGUCUCAACGGAGGGUGAAAGGUCACUGAAGCGCUCUGCUCCGCCCACGCCCUGCACAUGCUCCGCCCACUUCCCCGCCCACACCAUGCUCUGAAGCCUGCAGCAGCGAGCCGUGUGCACGCCCAGGAAGGCGGGGCCAUAACCAUGCAGCCGCCACCCCGUUGGUAUCCUACGCAAUGGUAGCUCAGCAUCCCUAAGAUUUGGUGUGCAGCACACUAGGGAUACUGCCUGUAAAUGUGCACGCAGAUGAGUAUCUCCUUUAUAUACUGUCCUACAGCGCACCUCUGCAUAUCAGCGUAUCCAAGGUGUGUGCUGGGAACACAUACAGACUUUAUGGGCCUACAUACCUUUAUGUAACAGAUAGGCCUGAACUUUUAUUUUUGUAUGUUUCAUAAACCUUAUAAAUGAAUAUCUGUUGUAUUGAUGUCGGCUUAUCUUAACACUGAAGUAUGAUUCAGUGGAACUGGAUUCUUGGCCAGUUAACAAACAGCUCCCCACUGUGGCCAAUAACCCCCACCCACACCCCCCCCCCACUCCCACCACAUUCAAUGUGAAAGUAAAGACACCACAGCCAGCGAGUGGUGAACAUGCCGUCCACACUGACCCACUGAAGGAAUACCACGUUGCAUUUUUCGGUUGUUUGUUGAACAGACUCUCCCCCAGGACCGGCUCUAGCUAUAGGCGGAGUAGGCAGCUGCCUUGGGCCCCCGACUUACCUGUGUUGUGGAGGAAGUGAAAUGAUCAUCAAUUUUCUUGGUAGGGGUCCCUGCCUAGUAUAGCUUUGCCUAUAGAGCCCCUGAAAAGCUAGAACCUUGGUUCAGAAAUCAGACUUAAUCUCAGUGUUUUGUGUCACCUGAGCUCUGAUCCGCUGGCCGGGUUUCCUCCGUCGCGCUCGCUGUUGCUCCAUCAGUGAGACCCAUCCUUAGCCUGUUUGUCCACCAGAGUAACUGGAGGUGCCUAGGAGUGCCUUAUCCCUUUGUGGGGGUCACAGCGUCACACUCCAUUGUGACAGGCGGGACUCGCCGGAUUCAGAGAAACUCUCCAGUCUAACGUGCGGCCCGGGCCAGGAGAGUGAGUCCGUUUGAUAACUAAACGCGUUAAACGUGACGUUAAACGCGUAGCCCGGCGCGUACCCACGGAGGACAUGGUGCCAGUUUCAGAGCCAGCUGCCUGUCUGUACACUUUUCUCGAAGUAACCGGACCCUCUCAGUCCUCUCCUAACUCCCCAGACAAUGUGAAGACACCUCGAGUAAGGCAGCCGCCACUCACAUAUUCGACGACUCCUUCCGCUUGUUUACUGUAUCUCUCUGUCUGUAUACCGCCGUUCAUUGCUGUUCUUUUUUCACUUUUAUAUUUUUUAAUAAAGACAGACAAGUAAAA